AUGGACCCAUUCAACUUGGGACCGGACCAGAGCAGAGCUUCAGUCAAGUUGCAAAUCUUGCGCUAUACAGCCGACUGCUGGCAAGGCUUCAACGCCGUCUUACUUGGUCCUUGCACUCGCGCCUUUCUUCUUACGACUGAUUGGAUCAUGAGUGGCCGCUCCCUGACACCGUCGGUGCUCGUGGGAGAAUCAUGUCCACUGCGACGACGCUCCUCGCCUGAGCUGGGCCGCCAUCUCUCGGCCACCACCUCGGUAGUGCAGUAG